GUUUAUUGCAUAGCCUUCCAACAUCAAUUGAGGCUAGCCGAUUUCAGCAGAAUAAUUGUACAACUAGUAUUAGGAAGUUGAGUCCACUCGAUGAUUCAGGGGCAUUCAAUGUUUCCUCUGGUUUCUCAAAUAAUCAUUUACUAUCACAAGGAAAUACCCCACCAGCACAUAAUUCAGGAGCAUUCAGAAAUCACUCUUCUCUUAAAGAUGUUUCGGUGAAAACACAAUCUUUUGACCCUGACAUAUGUGGUUCAUCUAAUAUGCUGGAUUAUAAUCGGUGUAAUAAAAGUUGGAACGGAGCAGCUCAGAUAUCUAACUUUUCCGCCAAUACUUGUGCAGUCAAUAAAGUUUUCAAUAAUGAUCAUAACUUUUCCUCGUCCACCUUUUGCAGUGGGAACAGCCCAGUUGAUUUUUCUUCCACCUGUGCUAUUAAUGUUCCUUUGGAGGAUACUAGAGGUAAGCUGCAAUGCCAAGAAGGCUUACUUGAGAAUAUCUUUCUAGCUUCAUGUUAUACUCAGCACCAAAGCUGGGAAACAGAUAAGGAUGCUUGCAACAAAGACAUGACUCAAACCUUUAAUCCCAUAAAUUCUAGUGUUUCUCCCAAUGGAGACACUAGUUCUUUGGGACAUAAUUUAGAUCAGAAUGAUACAGUUUGCAGCAAGAGAGUUGAUGAAUCUUUGGUUGGCCAAAUGAAAGGGGUUAAUCCAUCAAUGACUCGUGAAGUUGAGAAAUUCUCUUCAAUAAAGUCAUCUCAAGAAGGACUUGUGCAAAAUAGUUUUGGAUCCUUGGAUGACAUAAUGAGUGAAAUAGUUAAACAGGAGCGAAAUGCGAUUAUGUUGAUGGAUGGAAAAAUGGAAUUUGAUGCUUAUCACGUUAGAUCAUGCAUUUGAUUCCUUCUAAUUCGCCAAGAAUCUUAGUUGUUUCAUCAUGUAAUUUUACACAGAUGUAUUUCCUGUUUUACUAUUGCAUAUAGUAGGUGCUACUCGUACAGUAGUAACAACAAUUCUCCUCUCUCUUGUUGAUCCUUUUAUUUAUUACUAUUAAUAACCAGCAGAUGAUUCUACAAACUACUUGACUACAGGUUUAACCUCUCACAACAAUUACUUUUA